CGCGCAUUGUGGUGCACGACAUAGCGUGUGACGCCUAUGAGUAACUGCAGUUAAAGGUCGUGAAGUUCACCGGAGAGCUGGGAUGAGAACUCCGGCGAGAAGUCCGAGAUUGUGGGGAACCCCAUUGUUACGAAUCCUACUCCGCAAAACCAGCAACUCGCCCGAAGAAUCCGUUGCAAAUGCACCAAGCUGGACUCUCAAGCUGCUUGCCAAAUCACAUCAAGCUAGUCUCCGCAACCGGCGCGCUUGUUGAGGGACUCAUCGUUUCUCGGGCACAUUGCCGAUCUUCCGUUGCCACGACUUUUGUACUCAUACACCGAAUUCCACGCAAACCCAAUCAAUGAGAAGGAGCUAGGAUUGCUGAAAGAAGAGCACGAUGGCCGCCCACGACGUCGAGAAGGGAGCACUUGAUGACGCCACGCCAUCUCAGGAAGUCACCAACACCAUAAACAACGUAUACGCACCCAGCCACACGUCCUCGGAACACGAAAUCGAAGAACAAAUCGAAGAACAAAUCUCGAGAAUAUCUACCCACGCGUCCCGCCACUCCCGCACCGUAAAGUCCAAGAAUGCACUUACCAACCUCGCCAAAACUAUCACAGCCCGCAGCAACGCCUCCGUCAUCGACCCGGGCCCGCCUCCCGACGGCGGCCUGAAGGCCUGGACCCAGUCCUUCAUGGGCCACUUCGUCGUCUUCAACACGUGGGGCCUGAUCGCAACUUUCGGCGUGUUCCAGGCGCACUACACGCAGGACCUGGGUUUGGAGCCCAGCGCGGUGUCGUGGAUCGGGUCGAUGCAGAUGCUGGGGCACUUCUCGCUGGGCAUGUUCAGCGGGCGGCUGUUCGACGCGGGAUAUUUCCACUGGGUGGUGAUCCCGGGGAUGCUGCUCGCGGCGCUGGGCACCAUGCUGACGAGCCUGUGCACGCAGUACUGGCACUUCUUCCUGGCGCAGGGCCUGAUGACGGGGCUGGGGAGCGGGCUGCAGUUUGCGCCGACGAUUAGCCUGGUCACGACGUAUUUCAGCAAGAAUCGGAGUGUGGCCCUGGCAAUCAUGGCGAGUGGGAGUGCCACGGGCGGGCUGGUGUAUCCGACGAUUGCGCGCCAGUUGAUGCCCCGCAUUGGGUUUCCGUGGACGGUGAGGGUAAUGGGGUUUAUGAUGUUGGCGGUGGGCUCGUUGUAUUGCUCGUUGCUCAAGCCGCGUCUGCCGCCGCGGAAGUCGGGGCCUUUGUUUGAGUUCGGUGCGUUCAAGGAGCCGCCGUAUAGUCUGUUCCUGAUUGGAAUUUUCUUGAUCGGACUGGGACAGUACUUUGCGUUCUACUACAUCUCGAGUUUUGCGCUGGACAUCUUGGAUGUUCCUUACGCAACAAGUGUCAAUGUUCUGCUUGUGCUCAACGGUGUUGGCGUGCUGGGGCGCCUGAUUCCGUCUUACUUCGCAGACAAGUGGACGGGCCCGUACAAUGUUCUGAUACCGUUCUGUUUCAUUUCUGCGAUCGUCCUGUUCUUCUGGCCGUUGGUUCACAGCGAGGCUGGGCUCUAUGGAUGGGCUGUCUGCUACGGGUUCUUUGUAGCAGGCUUCCAGGGCAUCUUUCCUGCAGUCUUGACGACCUUGACGAAAGACAUGAGCCGGGUGGGAACAAGGAACGGUAUGGGCUUUGCAAUUAUGGGAGUAGGCACGCUUGUUGGCCCGCCGAUUGCAGGUGCACUGAUUCAAAAUAGUGGGGGUAGCUACCUUCCCGCACAGAUGUUCGGAGGUGUGACAGUGUUGCUUGGAAGUUGUGUGCUGGUCAUUGGGAGAACGGCGAUCACUGGGUGGAAUCUGAAAGUGAGAGCUUAGAGACUGAAUCGUUCUGGACGAGACAAAUUAUUCCUUAAUACAAUGCUA